UUAUGUACGUCACUUCAGUUAAGAUAUGGAAAAUUCAGUCAAUUUUCAAAUGAAAUUCACAACAACAAUUGGUUCUCGUAAAGUUAAGGCUACAUGCGCACAGUGAGUUGAAUUGCUGGAUGAAUUUAUCUAGAAAAAAAAUGUUAUUGUCGAUGAAAAAUGAUAACCAAGUGAAACCAGCACUUUUAGUACUAUUUUUUUUCGUUUUCGCCCUAAAUGAUGAAGCUGCAGGGGGAAUCAUAGAAUGGAACCAAUUGGCAAACAAAGUCGCGGAUCUGCUUCCUUUUUUAGUACUACAUAAUAAUGAAACUAGAUGCUACGGAGAAGUAGGCUGUCUAAAUAUCACUCGAGAUUGGUACGGAUUUACAAGAUGGGCAAAUACUUUUCCAAUCCCACCUCAAUUAAUGAAUACACAAUUCAUACUGUUUACAAGAAAAAAUCCCAGCAAAGGUGCAAUAUUGAAUUUGAGUUCUGGCACAUCCCUCGACUCGUCCAAUUUCGAUGCAAAUAAUCCAACAAAAAUAAUCAUCUAUGGGUUAUUUGGUUCAACAAAAUCUGCAUGGAUCACGGAUAUGAUAUCGGAGCUGCUGAAACACGGUGAUUAUAACGUCAUAGUUGUAGAUUACGAUUUGGCAGCACUGAUUCCAGAUUUUUUCAAACAAGUCGCAAAUGCUCGCUUAUUAGGAUUGCAAAUCGGAUACUUCGUCAACUAUCUCGUAGAUAACUACGGAGUUGACCCUAAAAGCGUUCACAUAAUUGGCCACAGCGUCGGAGCUCAGGUGGCAGCUUACGCCGGAAAUGUGAUUAAAAAUCUCGGACGAAUCAGCGGACUCGAUCCUGCUGUAUUCUUUUACCAUGGUAUGGAUCCGUUGGUACGUUUAGAUUCUAGCGAUGCUGAUUUUGUCGAUGCCAUACACACCAAUGGUAUAGAUCAUAUAUUCCUCGGUGAAGGGAUCUCAGAUCUCAGCGGGCACGUUGAUUUCUACGUCAACGGAGGUAAAAAUCAGCCAGGAUGUCAAGCCCACGAACAAGGAGAUGAAUUACUAUCAGAGUUCAAAAAACAUGGUUUGAGAGAAGCAAUUUCAGCUUUGACAGGAUGCGAACACUUGCGAUCUGCUAAACUGUUUGUAGAUUCGAUCAACAAUAACUGUACUUUCACCGGAUAUCGUUGCAGUAGUUACGAACGAUUCGAAGAAGGAGGAUGUUUUUCAUGCGAAGGAAAUUCUAGCUGCGCAGUAAUGGGUUUCAACGCUGAUCAAAACACCAAUCUAGUACCCGGUGGAAGAUACUUCAUCGAUACUGGUAGUAGUUUGCCAUACUGCAGACAACAUUACAAGGUUACUCUGAAUCUAGCUUUACCACCUGAAGCUGAAUCUUGGGUAAUGGGUUUGGUUAAAGUUCUCCUACAUACUACGAACGAUACGAUUGAGUUUAAUCUUACCCCAGAAGGUAGCUUAAAAUUUGGUCACGGAACUUCUCCGAGUUUUAUCGUCACUCAUCCGCAACAGAUAAGUAACGUAUCUCAAAUAGUUCUGCAAUGGAACAAAGCUAUAGAUAUCUUGCACCCCGAGAACACUUGCGUAUUCUGGUGCAAUGAUCAUCUUUACGUUAAAAGUAUCACCGUAGAAACGAGUGAUCUAUCGAAUACACUCGAAAAAAUUGAAGGAUCCAACAUGGCUAAAUUAUGCAGUAACGGAGCUACAAACUACGCAGAUAUACCAUCCGGAAGUAAAGCAAUAUUUAAUAAUACUUGUGCCGAUAACACCGAUCAAGAUAUUUGAUUUUCACAGAAAAA